CGCCAUUCAAGACAGCUUUGUUGCUUUGUCUGAUAGUAGCUACACACAAUGGCCGCUAAGCUCCUUCUUACUGCCGCCUUUGCGGCCACCGCUCUGGCUGCCCCUCUCGUCGAGGAGCGUCAGAACUGCGCUUCCCAAUGGUCGCAGUGUGGCGGCAAUGGCUGGCAGGGCGCGACUUGCUGCGCUUCCGGGUCGUCUUGCGUGGCCCAGAACGACUGGUACUCUCAGUGCCUUCCCGGCGCCGCGGUGACGACUCCUCGCACCACCUCGUCUUCGGCCAAGCCGACCAGCACCAGCAGCCGCAGCUCGAGCACCUCCCAGGGCGGUGCGGUGUCUUCGACCACCGCCCCCCCGGUGGUCACCAACUCCCCUACUAGCAUCCCCGGCGGUGCUUCGACCACGGCCAGCUACUCUGGCAACCCUUUCGAGGGUGUGCAGAUGUGGGCUAACGACUACUACUCGUCGGAAGUGCACAGCAUCGCUAUCCCUAGCAUGACCGGUGCGAUGGCCACCAAGGCUGCUAAGGUUGCCGAGGUUCCCAGCUACCAGUGGAUGGACCGCAAUGUUACCGUCGACACUCUGUUCUCUGGAACCCUUUCUCAGAUUCGCGCUGCCAACGAGGCAGGUGCCAACCCGCCGUAUGCUGGGCUCUUCGUCGUUUAUAAUUUGCCGGACCGUGACUGCGCUGCUGCCGCCUCCAACGGCGAGUGGGCGAUCGCCGACGGCGGUGCCGCCAACUACAAGGCCUACAUCAACCGGAUCCGUGAGCUUAUCAUCCAGUACUCGGACAUCCGCAUGCUCCUGGUCAUCGAGCCCGAUUCGCUUGCCAACAUGGUCACCAACAUGGGCGUUGCUAAGUGCGCUGGUGCCGCUUCGACUUACAAGGAGUUGACUGUGCACGCCAUCAAGCAGCUGGACCUGCCCAACGUUGCCAUGUACCUCGACGCCGGUCACGCUGGCUGGCUCGGCUGGCCUGCCAACAUCCAGCCCGCUGCUGACCUCUUCGCCGGUAUCUACAAUGACGCUGGCAAGCCGGCUUCCGUCCGUGGUCUCGCCACCAACGUUGCCAACUACAACGCCUGGAGCGUCGCCUCGGCCCCGGCCUACACGAGCCCCAACCCCAACUACGACGAGAAGCACUACGUCGAUGCUUUCAGCCCGCUCCUUAACGCCGCCGGCUUCCCCGCCCACUUCAUCACCGACACUGGCCGCAGCGGCAAGCAGCCCACUGGUCAACUCGAGUGGGGCCACUGGUGCAACGCCGUCGGCACUGGCUUCGGCCAGCGCCCCUCGGCCGAGACCGGCCACGACCUCCUCGACGCCUUCGUCUGGAUCAAGCCCGGCGGCGAGUGCGACGGCACCAGCGACACCACCGCUGACCGCUACGACCACAACUGCGGCCUGGCCGACGCCCUCAAGCCCGCGCCCGAGGCCGGCCAGUGGUUCCAGGCCUACUUCGAGCAGCUGCUCACCAACGCCAACCCGCCUUUCUAAGCUGGGAUGGGCUGAAGGGGGGGUGACGGAUGGGCUAUCUGUCGAGUUUGUUUUAUUCUUGUACAUAGUUACCUCCCGCUUCCCUUUGUUGGGGCGGGUUUGCUAGAGAAGUCUGUACAUAACUUCGAGUUGACGUGGUGGACGAGUAUCAAGACUUUAGACGAUAAACCGUAACCAAGAUCGAGAUAUGAUUACAUCCCAUACCUCUCUCCUUUUCCCCGUCUCACCUCUUUACCCAACCACGUCAGCACCCCCUGCACGCUCCCAGAACGUACCGCCCUCGGUGGCCCAUCCAACGGAAACACUUCCUCUAGCGGCCCAUCCCCUAACCACUCCAACUCCCCCCCCU